CCCGACCGCGUCUCAAUCAACACUUACACGAAAAUCACUAAAGUACCUACCUCCCACGUUCUCCUAUGUCACUCCAUACUGCUACCACCUACAACCGUUGACUUACCAAAAGACUACUUUACUAACUAUUGAACACAUCCUUUACCUAAACUCUACUUUGAAAGCAUUGAUAGCUCAAUUCUUUUAUCAAUUGGCUUCUCCUUAGCUCCAGUAUUCGAAGCCUCCUUCGUGAUACCCUCCGUGACACCACCAGUGUCUUUCUUGUCCGUUGGACCUGUUGGUCGACUCGCUUGUCACACUGAUAUACCUAGGCUUGAACUUGUGUAUCAACACCGCUUUGCCUCAUGAAUCCGCCGUAGAAUAUCGAAUGCGAGUUCAGAUACUGCCCCCAUAAUGUAUCUGCCUCGCGACCUUAUAUCCAAACUCUACAUCCACCUACAAAGUACUCGGCAUCCACUGUCACCACCGGUUCUGAUCCUUGUCGCCCUCGAACCCGAUGCUCUGUGCGCAUGUCGAAUCCUCACUCGACUCCUAAAACAUGACUACAUACCACACAAGAUACACCCCGUGGCUGGCUAUGGAGACCUGGAGCGCGCCGGUCAGGAGCUUGUCGCGCCCAUGAUGGAGUCGCGUGGUGGAAGUGGGGGUGUCGUCAUCUGUCUCGGCGUGGGUGGUAUGGUCGACAUGGGUACAAUACUGGGUCUUGAAAUCGAGGGUGAAGAGUCGAGUUUUAACGGCGUCGAAGUAUGGGUCAUCGACUCGCAUAGGCCGUGGAAUCUAGGCAAUGUCUUCGGGGGAUUUCCCUUGGAUCCAGUCUCAGACCCCUCUGCGAGUUUUCAAUCCCGUGCUCCUAUUGGUGUCACCUCGGGCCGUAUAGAACGUGCCUAUAAACCUGGAAAGGGCGGUAUUGUGGUAUUUGACGAUGGUGAUAUCGAGGAAGAGCUACAUGCUGAGCGAGAUGCCUACCUAAAUCUCGUUGACAUGCCAGACGUGGAAGAUGACGGUGAAGGAUACAACGAUGGCGAUUCAGAAAGUGAACAAGAGCCAGAAGAAGAGACAGCUGCACGACCUGGUCAAAAGCGCAAAUCAUGGUCUGAUCGCGACGAGAGCAGUGAUGAGGACGAUGAUCGGCCACGGCAAAGAAGGCGAAGCAAUUCGUCGACUCCGAUCCCUGAUUCACCACGGCGACCAGCACAACGAGGAUUAGUGUCGAUACAAGAUUCUGCAAUCUUUUCCGAUAACGCGGAAGAUCCACCUUCUGCGGCACAACCUCCGAAGGCUCCAUCGGCUCGUGCACUCAGGAGGCGCCUCCGCAGAAUGAGGCACGAAAGCGAAGCUGUGCUCCGGAAAUAUUACCGAAUGGGUGCUUCUUAUUCUGAGCCAAUAUCCGCUAUGAUCUACUCCUUGGCAUCAGAGCUGGGUAGGGAGGACAAUGAUCUUCUAUGGCUCACUAUUGUUGGUGUGACAUCUAUGGAGCUGUAUGGCCGGUCGUCUGCAGGACUUGCUGUUACCGUCCGCAGUGGUGACUCGAGACCAACCACUGGGUGGAUGGGUGUUCGAGGAGCACGCAUAAGGCAGCUUUUACGAGAUGAAGUACGGCGUCUUAACCCCCUAGAGCUUGGAUAUAAAGAUACCAGGGUAACGUCUGCUGAAAGCGCGGGUAUCAUUCCGACAACGGCUCGUAGCCCGGAAGAUACAAGUAUACGGCUUUCUCCUGAACCCAAAUUCCUGCUUAUAAGACAUUGGAGCCUGUAUGAUAGCAUGCUUCACUCCCCUUAUCUCUUCUCAAGACUACGUAUAUGGAGCGACAGUGGGGUAAAGCGACUGCACAAGUUAUUGGCAAAGAUGGGCGUAAGCUUAGUCCAAUGCAAACAGAGCUACACCCAUAUGGACAUGAAGGUUAAGAAGGAGCUACGCACAAAGCUCUUGAAAUACGCUUCAUUGUAUAAUCUAGACGACAUGGUACCGGCCGCGGAAACGGACGGCAAGGAUAGAGGAGGAGCUAAAGACGGCUGGGGCUUUGUUCGAAGUUGGGGUUGGCGAGCCACACUUAGUGCACAGGACGUUGGAGUCGUGAUCGGUGCCUUACUCGAAGUCAGCAGGCAUAGCACUAUAACAGACAUGGAUGGUCGUAUACGUGCAAGCCAAGCGCAAGACUACGAGGAUGAUGGAGGCGCGGCCGAAGCACAGGAGUGGGUUAGCCGGUUCUGGGAGGCUUACGAUGCGCUCGAGAAUAUCGAUGCUCUCAAAGCUGGACUUCCCACAGCACAGUAUCUUCAUCGUGCCAUCUUUCGCACAGGCACAUCGCUCAUUGGCAAAAGACAGAUUAAACACUUGCAUGCUUUUCGAAUGUGUGUUAUCAAGGAUGGGCCAGAUGUAUCCCUCUUCACUCAUCCAUCUGCCCUGACCAAACUGGCGCUAUGGAUUGGCGAAGCCCUUGCGGAACAAGAGAAGGACGCUAACGGGAAAUUGGCCCAUGGUGGACGAGGCACACCGCUCGUGGUAGCAAGCCUAAACGAGAAGCGCGGUGUCUAUCUCAUAGUUGGUACAGGAGGCGGGGGUGGGCCCGACCUUAAAUUCUUGGAUCGUGAGAAUGCAAAGGCAAAGCAAGCAGCCAAAGCGACCAAGGCCCAGGAACGAGAGCUGAGGCGCCAGAAUAAGAAAAAAAUAAGGGAGGAGAAGCGUGCCGCACGGGCUGCAGCUGGUGACGAUGAAUAUGAGGAAGACGAUACGGAAUCGGAGGCUAGCGAAUCGGACUCGGACUCAGACUCAGAUGCAGAGGACGAACAGGAACAACGCAAAGAUCGCGGCUAUGGUCUGAAUAAAUUCGGGAGCGCCUUCCAAGACGUAGUCAGCGAAACAAACGCUCGCGUGCGGAUCGACAGCUUUGAACACUGUGUAGUGGAAGUACGAAAGGAAGACCUUACGGGGUUCCUAGAGAGUCUCAGCAUGAAAGCUGUGGUUGGAUAGAGCAGAGGACCAGGGGAUGGCAGCGGCAGCAUUCAAUUACUUAUCAGGCGUUGAGCGAUGUUUGGUGUUAUGGCGAAACCGCAUUGGCAUUCUCUGCAUCACGGGUUCAAAAUCCACUAUUCCUUUCAGACUAAAGUAUACUUCCGGUAGGGGGGCGGCAGGUGUCACAUACAUAGUAUUCCUUCCAGCACAAACCGAGACGACGAUAAUGGGUGACGAUUUGAAUAGUUUCGAAGAAAAGAUGGCAUGUGGAAUGAAGGGCAAGCCACACCACUUUGUUGUCCACUUGGUGAAGGGGACGAGUUGGCCAAACCGAACCUAGGCGCUUGAGUCCAUUCGAUGUCAAAUAUCAUCAUUUUCAAGAAUAUACGUGCAAUGUUUCAUGCUUUCGUGAAGAUGGAUGCUUCUUUCUCUAUUAUCACCCACGUAUCUAGCCCAGCCUUGGAUCGUAGUUUUUU